CACAGAUCUUGUACUCACAAAUAUGAUUUGACCAUUUUUUCCGCCUGGGUGCUCAAGCAAAAAUUUGGAGCUCCCUCGACUUUUUCGCAGCCAGUUAUUUUAGCGCGCGCAACAAUAGGCGCCUAACUACGGUGGCCGCUACUGACCAUUGCGGCAGUAUCCUCCGCUCCACUUCGUAGUUGUUGCGGCGGUGCAGGCUGAUGCGGCCAACAUUUAUCAAACAACUACUGGGAAUAUACAUCUUUUCGCUUCACGCAUUGACAUGAUCCCCGGUCCAUCAUCAUGCUUCUCUUAGAUUACCAAAAUGUCCUUAUCCAAUCCCUCCUAACGGAGCGAUUCUCUGGAGGCCCCCCCGUAUCCAUUGAUCAAAUCGUUUCUGAUUUCGACGGCGUCACGUUCCAUAUUUCCACCCCAGAAACUAAAUCCAAGAUCCUCAUCUCCAUCUCCGUUAAAUGUUUCCGCGAGCUGGUGCAGUACGGGGCGCAAAGUGUCCUCGAGCGGGAAUAUGGCCCAUUCAUCGUGCCUCCAGAGCCCGGCUAUGAUUUCUCCAUUCUAGUUGAUCUAGAUAAUCUCCCCGCGGAACCGGAAGGUAGAGAAGACUUGGUUAAUCGGAUCGCGCUCAUGCGACGGAAUGUGAUGGCCGCACCUUUUGAGAAGGCAUUCGAUGAAUUCUCAGAACUGCAGGAGGAGGCGGCGAGAUACACUUCUGAAUCAGCGCCCCAAGGUGUGGCGGAGGGAGGUGAGGUUAUGUCAAUCCAUUAUCGGGACCAGGAAGCGAUAUACAUCAAGGCCAGCCACGAUCGGGUUACCGUGAUUUUCAGCACUAUUUUCCGAGAUGAGACAGACAGAAUAUUCGGCAAAGUGUUUUUGCAAGAAUUCGUCGAUGCAAGAAGACGAGCGAUCCAAAACGCGCCUCAAGUUCUUUUCCGCAAUGACCCUCCUCUCGAACUACAAGGCAUACCGGAGGUAAAGGCCUCCGGAAGCGACGUCGGUUACAUCACUUUCGUUCUCUUCCCUCGCCAUCUUACACCCCAGCGACGUGGAGAGAAUAUCUCCCAUAUCCAGAUCUUCCGCGACUAUUUCCACUACCAUAUCAAAGCUUCGAAGGCAUAUAUCCACUCGAGGAUGCGGAGACGAACCGCAGACUUCCUACAAGUUCUCAAUCGUGCCCGACCCGAGAAUGAGGAACGGGAGAGAAAGACUGCGAGUGGGAGGACAUUCCGCGUACAGGGUUGAGAACUCGCUUAGGAGGAAUAACGACAAUGCCCGAUUUUUCCUACCAACCUCUUUUAUAGGUUAACCACAAGUUUCCAAUGCUGAAUUUUCAUUCCCACUUUCGUAUCACUUUCGUAUCACUUUCUAUCCCACUACCUUCUAUUUGUUUGUAUUCAUCAUAUUCUGCAUCCAGAUGGCAAGUCCACCAAACGCGUAAGUUAAUACUCCAGGGCCAGCUCGGUACAGAUAACACCAGCGCUGUCCUCAUUUGGAGAAGCCAUCUCUUUCCAGAAUUACUAUUUGAAGGGUUGAUUGAAAUGUAAUUAAAGUCUUGCCUUCACUAGUAAUUUUGCUUCAGAUGCAUACACACCUAGAUGUAUUCUACUCUUGAGGAAACUAGCCCAUGAAGCCAAACUGUAAACACAUAUUUAUAUAUCUAUGAAUGGCAAAAAUCCAAUUGUUUGUAACAUGUAAUAUCGCUAUCAUUUAUGUGUAUAUCGAACAAAAUCGUCUCUCGUCGCAUUACCCACUUUCAGAGGAUAAUAAAAACAGAAAAGCGAAAACAAAAGGAAACAGAACAGAACUAAUUAAAAAGUAAAAUAAUUAAUCAAAAAGGGAACAGGAAAAGGAAAACGAUAUUAUUACAAAUUAUAACCAAAAUACCAAUAGC